AUGGCAUCGGAGAUUCAGAAAUCGCGGACUGAGACCCAGAAACUUGUUAAAAAUUUCACGGAAGAAGAGGACGAAGAAAUUGAUGUCGUCGACGAAACAGAUUCUAUAAACGACUCCACGGAAACUCCAGAAUCUCCCACUGCGGACGAGGAUGAUACAGACGAUGUUUCGGCGGCUAAGAAACAGCGCCGGAACCGCACGACAUUCACCUCGGACCAGCUCCGGGAACUAGAGGCGGUGUUUCAACACACCCACUAUCCAGACUGUACACUCCGUGAACAGAUCGCUGAAAAGGUGGAUCUAACAGAGGCGAGAGUGCAGGUUUGGUUCCAAAACAGACGAGCAAAAUGGAGGAAACAGGAAAAAAAUAUUGUCAGGAUGUUUGAUGUCUUCCGACACCGUGUUGACCCAUUUCCCAUCAUGCCCCAUCCUCUGUCUUACAGUCCCUCAGCAUUUUCAUCCGUCCGUCCAUCUCUGUUUCCAUGGUUACCCCGGCUUCCUCUCACUAUGCCACCAAUGUUCCCAAUUUCUCCACUUUUGCCGGUCAGACCUUCUUAUAAAGGAGACUCGCCAGUGGGACCACUGAGCAAACACAACAGCGACUCCAUGAAGUAUUACAACUCGUACGCAAGAGACUAUUUACAGAAGUUCACAUCCGAAAAUCGGGACAAGUACGAAAGAGAGGGCAAAGAUCGCUUGAGAUCAAGGACGCCCAGUCCCGUGAGAGCGCCUCCGCCGUAGGGAACUGUGACUUUUAUGUCAUUGAUUGGAGAAUUGACAGAACUACACAAAUGACCGAUGUGUUCGUCACCAUUCCUUCAUUCGUCCAUCUUUCA